AUGAUGACAGAACGAUUCCGACGGAUUAACGAGACCGAGCGCGAAAUUGCAGCCAACGAAGCCCGACUUGCAGAUAUGGAACGGUCCAUGAAGGUACGCGAGGAGGCCCUGCAGGAGUCGAUCCGUCAACGGGAGAUUCGUAUGGAACAGGCGUUGCGCGAAGCCGAGGAACAGUUUGCGAGACAGGACCAGGAACGUGCCGCACUCUUGAACCAUCAUCAUCUUCAGCAACAGCAACAAGCUCGGUCUGCAGAGUUGUACCAGAACCCCUUUGCCUCCAACCAUGACCUCCAUCAACAGACUACCACACCACCACCUGCCAACAACAACACUGCCGCUACCGUCGCCUCUGCCGCUGCUUUGCCUAUCAUCGCCACUGCUGCUGUGACUGCUGCUGCUUCGUCUGAGGUCGAUCCCCGCCCCGCCAACGCGAUCCUUCGUCACGAUCUGAGCAGCAACCACCAGUUGAACGUUAACCCUUUCGAGGACCCCUCUAGUCUUCUCGAGAAUGCUUCCUCAUCAUCCCUAUCAUCAUCUCGCCGAUCAUCCAUCCACGGCGCAGACGAAGACCUUCACCAUAUGUCGGAUGCCGACGACCGUUCUGACACCAUUGGCCGUGAUAGCGAGGACGAGGAAGAGUUGGACUGGACCGAGGCUGAGGUUGGAAGCAUUGGAUCCCACGAUUCUGAAGACUCUUGGGGCCCUCUUUAG